UGGUUGCCGUGGUAACAGAGACGCGCUGAAGUCUACACCGGAAGUGGAUUUCGGCGGAGGGUCGAUCAUCUGAAUGAAAUGCAGAAUCGCAGGUGUGAAGAUGAUGAUGAUGAGGAGGAGGAAGAGGAGGAGGAGGAGGACACCAGUUGUGAGAUGUUUGAGAUGUGUGCUCGGAGGAUUCAGGAUUGUUGGAGAUCUCAUCAAAACAGGAAAGUGUUUCAGCUGCUCAUGAGGACCGUCUGCUCGGCUGAAGCAUGUUUGACCCCUGCACUCCUUCAACAACUCAGUCCUCAAGAAGCAAACCUUCUCAGAGACCCAAGUCUUCAGUGUAAAGUUCGAUUCAGAUUUGCAGGACCUCUCUUUCCUCCUGUAAUUGUAUUUAAGGUUUUCCACACAGGAAGAGGCGGGAGUUACCUGUCAGGGAAAAAACUCUUCCAGCCGUCCAAUCAGGCCACAGCAGACACCUGUAGGAUGAUGGGAAACAGGAAGUUCAUGAACCUGAUGAUGGAGGAUGAAAAUCACUGGCAGGGUCGUACCAUCUGGCACCCUGCAGAGGUCAUGUGUACGAGAGACUACAUGCAGUUCUCCAGUCACCUGGACAAGUUACCUGCAUGUGUGGGGGGGAGAGGGAAUGGGUGGAGGUGUUUAUCUCUGAAGCCGCUGAGAGGUGGAGGAGGAAAGGGUGUGGAGGGAGGAAAGGGUGUGGCAGUGACCUGCAGGGGCUCCUGCAGGUCCCUGGUUGCCCCACCCCCCUCCGCAGUGUCCAGUUCGGGACCCCGGACCCCAAAACGGCGCUCGGCUCGAGCUCAGGCUGUGGCUGCUCACAUGAGAAACAUUUACCGACUGCAACAGGAGGAGAAGGUCAAGGACAGAGAUGAGGAAGUUAAUGCCUCUCCCAGGUUGGGUCACAUGACUGACAGUCAGAUGAUGAAACACAAAGAAGACGAAAAGGACGAUUUUAUUUCUGAUGCGUUUACACGUUUAACCUUAUGUGACAAAAUAGACUGUGACUGGGAGGAAGAGGCGGAGCUACUCUGCUCCUGGUCCAAUCAGCUUUCACUCGACUCGAUUUAAUUUAUCUCACACUUCACACUGUACUGUCUUUCCAACUUUCUUCUGUUCUAAUUACUUAUUAUUAUUAUUAUUAUUAUUAUUAUUAUUAUUAAUUAAUAAAUAAAACUG